CAUCCGCCGCUGAAGUGAUGCAGCGCGGCUGAGACGCGCAGUCGGGGCGGAACAACGGCCAACAAGAGCCGCAGCGAGCGGAUACACUCAGGGCUCCGGCUCCGUCGCUCCUGCACCAGCCUGGAAAACCUUUUAACGUUUCUUCUGCUCUCCCAGAAUAAACUUCGUCUACCAGGGCCGUUCACAGGCCGAUGUGAGUCCACGGAGCCUUUCCUGCUUACAGCAUGAGAACCGAUCUGGUACUCUGACCAGCGGACCUCUGGGGUGGCAGAAGGCUGAAGGUUGUGGUCUUCGUGGCCAUGGAUCGAAGGAAAGUUUGUGUGCUGAUGGUGCUUUGGGCCGUGGCCCACCUCAGCUUCCCAGGUUACGGACUCAGGGCCCUGCGUAGGACUACAGGGGGGCGGAGAGGGUCGGGACUGACAGGACAGGACGCCAACGGGGUACCGCUAAGGCGCUCAAAACGGGGGUGGAUGUGGAACCAGUUCUUCCUGCUGGAGGAGUACACCGGCACGGACAUGCAGUACGUCGGGAAGCUCCACUCGGAUGGGGACCGAGGAGACGGCAGCGUGAGGUACGUCCUCACUGGAGAAGGAGCGGGAACGCUGUUCAAGAUUGACGAGAAGUCCGGGGACAUCCACGCCACCAAGAGGCUGGACAGGGAGGAGAAGGCCUACUACAUCCUCCACGCCAAAGCCGUCAACCAAUUCACCAACGAGGCGCUGGAGGGCGAGUCAGAGUUCAUCAUCAAGAUCCACGACAUCAACGACAACGAGCCGCGCUUCACCAAGGACCCGUACAUGGCCUCUGUACCCGAGAUGUCCGACGUCGGGACGUCUGUGAUCCAGGUGACGGCCAUAGACGCCGACGACGCCACAUACGGAAACAGCGCCAGGGUGGUCUACAGCAUCCUGGAGGGCCAGCCGUACUUCUCUGUGGACCCAGAAACCGGCCUGAUAAAGACGGCGCUGCCCGGCAUGGACCGGGAGGUGAAGGAGCACUACCAGGUGGUGAUCCAGGCUAAAGACAUGGCCGGACAGAUGGGCGGGCUCUCCGGAACCACCACGGUCAGCAUCACGCUGUCGGACGUCAACGACAACCCGCCGCGCUUCACUAAGACCCUGUACGAGUUCAGAGUGCCGGAGUCCAACGAGCUGGGUUCCUCCGUGGGGGCGAUCCGGGCCAUGGACGCUGACAUCGGCCCGAACGCUGAGAUGGACUACAGGAUCAUCGGGAGCGAUGGCCCCGGGAUGUUCGACGUCACUACCAACCGGAGCACGCAGGAGGGUGUCAUCCUUCUCAGGAAGCCUCUGGACUUCGAGAAGAAGCGCCAGUACAGCCUGAGGAUCCAGGUGGAGAACUCCCACAUCAACCCUCACUUCUACUCCAGCGGCCCCUUCAGGGAUGAGGCCACCAUCAAGAUCGUGGUCGAGGACGUGGACGAGCCGCCGCUGUUCGAGCGCGCCAGCUACAUCAUGGAGGUGAAGGAGGACGCGGCGAGGAACACCAUCGUUGGCUCGGUCAGCGCCUCUGACCCCGAUGACAAACGCAGUCCAGUCAGGUACACCAUCGACCGGCGUACGGACAUGGACCGGGUCUUCAACAUCCACGCAGGAAACGGGUCGGUGUUCACGCUCCGAGACCUGGACCGGGAGGAGAGCGCCUGGCACAACAUCUCCGUCAUCGCCACGGAGUUCAACAACCCGCGCCUGAUGAGCCGCGUGCCCGUCUACAUCAGAGUGCUGGACGUCAACGACAAUGCUCCGACGUUUGCCACCAAUUACGAGACGUUCGUGUGCGAGAACGCCAAGGCUAAUCAGAGGAUCCAGACGGUCAGCGCCACCGACGCCGACGAGCCCCUCGGAGGACAUCGCUUCACCUUCAGUCUGGCACCAGAGGCUGCUGGGAAGGCAAACUUCUCCGUCCGCGAUAACAAAGAUAACACGGCCUGGAUCCUGACCCGGAGGAGCAGCUACAACAGCCUCCAGAAGAGCGUCUACCACGUUCCUGUGGUCAUCUCCGAUGGAGAGUAUCCCAUGCAGAGCAGCACCAGCACACUCACCAUCAGGGUGUGCACGUGCGACCGCGAGGGCAACAUGAAGCUGUGCAACCCCGAGGCGCUGACGGCGAGGGUGGGGCUUAGCACCGGAGCCCUGGUGGCCAUCUUACUCUGCGUCAUCAUUCUGCUCAUAAUCGUGGUGCUGUUCGCCGCCCUGAGGAGGCAGAGGAAGAAGGAGCCUCUGAUCAUCUCCAAAGAGGACGUCAGAGACAACGUCGUCAGCUACAACGACGAGGGGGGAGGAGAGGAGGACACGCAGGCCUUUGAUAUCGGAACGCUGCGGAACCCGGAGGCCAUCGAGGACAGCAAACAGAGGAGAGACAUCAUCCCCGAGACCUUCUACCCGCCGGUAAGGCGUCCCGUUCUGCCCCCGAGCCGGGACAACAACGGGGACGUCAGAGACUUCAUCAAUCAGAGGCUCCAGGAGAACGACAGCGACCCGACGGCGCCGCCUUACGACUCCUUGGCGACCUACGCCUACGAGGGCAACGGCUCUGUUGCCGAGUCCCUCAGCUCGCUGGAGUCUGUGACCACCGAGGGAGACCAGGACUACAACUACCUGAGCGAGUGGGGGCCGCGCUUUAAGAAACUAGCGGACAUGUAUGGGGGGGACGACAGCGACAGGGAUUCCUAACGCAGACGAGGAGCAUUUCAACUUUGGGACAGUUCUGGCGGACGCGUGGCGGGCCGAGACGAGACGAAGCUCCCUCACCGCCUUCCCGUCAUCCCUCCGGUGACCAGAUGUAGGCUUUGUGUGUCCAGUCAGUGUUAGUUGAGUUUUCGCUGGGACGCAGUAAGACUUUCGUUUUUUUGUGUGUAAACCAGAUCCGAAGCGGUCCCAAAUAUAUCCCGACAGAAUUCUUCUGGUUUGUUUUUUCCAAAGCUGCCUGUGGCGGACGCUCGCUCUCUCUGCAGUUUUGUAAACCAACAGAUCCGCCGACGUAUUUUCAGUGUUUCUGGGACUAAAGUCAUGCCGCAUAUUGUGAGUUCUAUCUUAGCUUGUGUACGUACGGUAAAACGAAACAAUACGCUGUACAGUUUGGUCUGACUUCUGAAAUCUCCACCUGCGUUCUGACGGAGGACCGUUGGACCUGAAAUACCAAAUAGCUCCUUCCUGAGGAGAACGAGCUCAGAUUCACCGAUCUAACGAAAGCGGACCUUUUUAAGACUUUUCUGGAAAACAAGUCCAAACACUGUUUUUUUAUCAUGUUCCUCUCCAUGUUUUACUUCUACAUGAUGUUUGGUCCUGAGGGGGCCUGACCCACCCAGAAUGUAGAAAGCAGCAGCUCCGUAACAGAAAUGUGCCAAAAACACCACCAGUAUUCGCCUCCCACAGGCCCCUGCUCCUCAUUACAGGCGCCGUAUUCCACGCCGAAGCCAAACCAAAUGUUCCGGCUUUACACAGCUGAUUUCCUGCGGGACCGCCGGCCUCUUCCAUAAAGAUGCUUAUCGAGGGGCACCUGACCUUUGAGCGGAGCCGAAUUAAGGCUUUUAAACCCAGAAGAUUGUCCUCGGCUUUGCGAGAAGGUCAGAGCGCCGUUUGUUUUAAAUGUGAUUUAGAAAACGAAGCGAAAACAUCGCUUAAGCAAAAUGAGUCGAAGGCCUGAAUUUGUGUAGAAAGCUUUGGGAAGGCGAGGGGACAAGCGUGAAAACCCACGGCAGCUACAGCAGGCGCUGCCCUCACUUUAACAAAAGGCCAACCUGUGAGGAGGCUGACAUUUGUCAGACAUUUGGAACAGAAAUAACAACACAAAGGCAUAAUUGCCACAGAGCCACAUUAGUCUCUCCAUCAGUAAUGGUGCAGGCCAUUAAACAAGCCGGCUGAUUAUAGAGUGACUGUCGUACACACGCGUCCUCCUCUUAUUUUGUUUAUUAGCUUUGCUGACGGAGCUCCCGCUGUGCGAGUGGCCGUUGCAGACCGCUGCCGUGUUCCUUUCAUCAGCGUUUAAUGGGUUUGAAACCCUCGGCUGCCAGAAGGCAAUAAGAGUACGAAACACCAGGGCUGGAGCUAAGACCUAAUGAAAUCAGCUACUGAUCUGCAAGCGAUUAGCCAGGCCUGGCGACUGAGCGAACAGCCGAACACAACCUGAGCUACACACACACCAGUGGGGUCUGAUCGCAGAUGUAAGCUUAACGGUGCAUCAGCGAGUACGACCUCAACAGAAUGGCGAUGCUAACAGCUAGCUAGAACAUUAGCAGUUAGCAUGUAUCAGUUUAAGGUCAAUAAUCAGAAGCUAACUUUAUAAAAUCCACAGCUUUUGGAUAAAACAAAAGUGUGCUAAAGGGCUAACAUGCUAGCUCUAGCUAGACCGGCGUCACAUGCAGAGGUGCUGGGUUCAUGAGUCGUGUGCGUACAGACACCCCCCCCCCUAAUCCGUUAAUUUUUAAAUAAAUAUUCAGGCUGCUAAUGGAAAAUCUCUCAUUUUAGAACAAAUCUAAUCUUAUUUCUGUUUCACUGAUAAACGGUGUUUGGUGGAUAUCUGCGUGUGCUAACCCUACCGGUUUUCCACGUGGUGGUGGCAGUGAGCAGCGUCUGAUUCAGGUAGGACGGUUCUGAUUGGCCCAUGAGAACAGCAGCUGUUUCUGAUCGGUGUUAAGGUCCGAGCUCAGCCAUCUCCCUUUGGGUUGUUUUUUCUGUGUGUGUGUGUCGAGGGCUUCGGACUCAGCUGAUCCGUGGUUGUUGGUGGGAAUGUGGCGGAGUAGUUGCGUAGAAACGAGGACCGUCACCGACCAUCCUUCACUCUGCUUUGUAAACCGUGAGAUUUUGUACUGAAUAUUUAUAUGACACGAUUAAACAUGUUUAAAAUCUUC